AUGCCUAGUGACGAUGUGGCCGACGGUAGACUUCUCUCACUCGUAACAGGCACCGCGUCCAAAAACAGAGGUGUGCGAGAUGUCACGGAGGAUUUUGUGGUUGCGAGCGAGCAGCUGCAACCCGGCGAGCUGGUCAAGGAUGAGUGCUUCACGUUGUUUGAGGCUGUGGGGGCGCUUGAGAUCAUGGAUCCCAAGAUGGACAGCGGACGCAUACCUCCCGGCGACUCCUUCGAACCAGACUUCGAUGUUUGCGCCGGAUUAAACGCCAACCAAGUCCUCUGGAUCAUGGACGAGCUCUUCCGUCUCGAGAUGAGCUUUCAAGACGGCUACCCCCUCUCACAAAACAUCUUCACCUCACUCCACGUCUUUCGACUUCUGGCUCCGGAAAACCGACAUCCAUACCACCUCCGCUUCGAAGGUCUUUCAGCUAAGGACGAGACGACAGUCCAACAGCAGCUUGUGCAUUUUGUCCUUCGAGCGUACUGCAUUGCCGUUGUCAAGUGUGUGCAGUGCACACUGAAUUUGAUUCAGACUUAUACGUAUUACGAGGAAGAAGACUUUGUUACGUACCUCUUUGGGAGGGAGCUGUUGCCGACACUGAGCCCUGUUGAUGGUACGAGACUACUGAUCGACGCGGCGGAUUGGUUGGAAACCUCAGGUCUUGAUCAAGAUGUCCAAGACACGCUUAGGCUUAGGCUAUUGGCGAGGGAGGAGUUGCUCACAUCUAUGGAUUCUACAGAUGAAGGAGUUGACGAGUGGGACAAGUUCAAAGCGAAAAUACAGGACAUCAGGCAACAGCACGAACUCGCCACGCCGGUGCCAGAUGCAUUCUCGGACAAGGUCCAGCGUCAACUUGCUACUAGUACACCACCACGACCAAUGGCCCAGUUGUCAUGGGAUCAGGCGUGCGAGAAAUGGACGCAGUUGUGUGACGAUAUACUCACUACCCGCGCCUUGACCUCGUUUCGCAUACGGCAAAGUCCGCACUGCCUGCAACGAGCGACCUGGGCCUUUGCCUAUCGACAACCACCACCAGGCACCUACGCCCGAGCGAAGAUGCAGGAGAUCCUGACGGCGGGUGACUGCGUCGCCGGGGAGGUUUCACAUUUCGACCUCAUGCUCACGGACAUCAGGGACCUCGUGCUGGCGGGUGAUCCGCUAGCAGAUCCGGCAUCGUUUCAGAUUGAGGUGCCCACUGAUCCACGACACCGCGCAUCACGCUUAAUCGAAGACUUCAUGUCGAGGAUGUUUGGCGAGUAUACGAACAUCUACCGGAUGGUGUGUCAGAAUCGGUGUCGGAUGAGGCGGACGUUUACUCAAGCACUGCCCAUCUUUGACGAGCUUGAGACGGUGGCUCACGAGGUUGAUGAGCAAUUGAAUGAAAUCGUCGUGCCUCGGCUUAUGCAGGACGUGUCAGGCAACUUGCACAAGCAUUGCCCACUCUCGACAUGGACAAGAAUCCACAAACUUCAGAUGAUGAUCUGGGUGAUCCAACUAGGAUUCGAAACGGAUCUAUAUCUCCCAGACGAGCUUCGGGAGAUCUUCACCGUCUUGCAGCACCUCACACGGACAAGCCUCAGCUGUCUGAUAGAGAUGGAACUCUUCGUCGUCAAGAAGCUGCAACUACCAGAAGCAGGCAAGCUAAGUCGAGAAGACAGGGAGCAGUGUCGAUCCUCUAGCGAAUGGAUCAAGAGCCUCAGUCUCCAGGAUCAAGUCAACGUCACGCUCGCCAGUCUCCUCUCAAGCUUCUGCACAACGCUACAAGACCUCGCAUUGAUCGACGCCAGGCCAAAGCCAUACUCCCAGGCCCAACAUCGCUACGAAGCUCGGUACAAGCCCUUCUUGGGCCUGCAAUGGGAUUCCGUGCCUGGGCUAGAGGACCUCGAACGUCAAGGCCGUGCGGACCUCAUCAUCAAUCUAUCCGAGAUCCAGCAGAUCUGUUCGAGCUACGGCGAAGCCAUCAAGACGACCCGUGGGAUGCUGAACGAGCUGAAAGGCACGAAUCCCACUCAAGCGAAGUACGUCGGCACGGAGGACGAGUGGAAGAAGAACAUCAAGAGCCUCGAAACGACUUGUGUGGCUAUCUCUGUAGCGGCUUCGCAGCUUCAGCGGAUUUGCGAGAAACAUCCAGGCAAGCUCGAUCGACUUGGAGAAGUCGCCGAGGUCAGCUUCCCACCCCCGGAAAAGCGGUAUCAUAUCUGGUGGGUGGUACCACAAUUGAAAGAGAAAUAA